GGCAUUCAGGUCAGGGCUCUCGCUAACAACGUGGCCACACUGGCAGGCUUCCUCGACCCUUUAGCCUUCUCCAAGGACACUUUUGAUGCCAAAGACGUUCAUGAAGGCCGGGGGCUGUGCUUCGGUGGUUCGAUCCAGCUGACCAUGUGCGUUGUGCGCUUAUCGGAGCACCGAUCUCGAAGGACUCCUUGUUCGGUCCGGUGGAGGACGUCCUGGCCAGGGUGGAGACCACGCAGAAGACGAAGAAACUUCUGGGCCAUAUUACGCUCCGGUCCUGCCCCCAACAAGCCGAGCUUUUGUUCUGAUGGUGGAGCUGAUCAGGAUCCAUCAGGGCUCGGAAGAGCACUCACAAGAGACACGUUUGUGAACAUGUCACGAGUGACAAGUUAAAGCGUCAAGGUCUCGUUGUGACGUCAUCAGCUUCACGUACACAGUUGAUUCCGUUGUUGGGGAAGCCCCCCCACACCUGAGUGGCCACCAUGGGGGACGACAGCGAGUGGAUGAAGCUUCCCAUCGACCAGAAAUGUGAACACAAGGUUUGGAAAGCUCGACUGAACGGUUAUGAAGAAGCUCUGAAGCUGUUCCAGAGGAUAGAAGACGAGAAGAGUCCAGAGUGGGGGAAGUACCUCGGCCUGGUGAAGAAGUUUGUCACAGAGUCGAACGCCGUCGCUCAGUUGAAAGGCCUGGAGGCGGCGCUGGCCUUCGUGGAGAAUGCUCACGUCGCCGGAAAGACGACCGGAGACGUGGUGUCUGGCGUGGUGACCAAGGUAUUCAACCAGCCCAAAGCUCGCGCCAAAGAGCUGGGCAUGGACAUCUGCCUCAUGUACGUGGAGAUCGAGAAGGCGGAGGUGGUGCAAGACGAGCUGCUCAAAGGACUGGACAACAAGAACCCCAAAAUAGUGGUGGCCUGUCUGGAGACACUGAGGAAAGCGCUCAGUGAGUUUGGCUCCAAGAUUGUGACCUUGAAACCCGUGGUCAAGGUUCUGUCUAAACAGUUUGAGUCCAGAGAGAAGGCUGUGAGGGACGAGGCCAAGCUGCUGGCUAUAGAGAUCUACAAAUGGAUCCGUGAUGCUCUGAGAGCUCCGCUACAGAAUAUCAACUCCGUUCAGCUGAAGGAGCUGGAGGAGGAGUGGGUCAAGCUGCCCUCCGCUCCUCCCAAGCAGAGCCGGUUCCUGCGCUCCCAGCAGGACCUGAAGGCCAAGUUCCAGCAGCAGCAGCAGGCACAAGGAGCCGACCAGUGCGAUGGAGACGACGAUGAGGAGGAAGUGGCUGCAGCAGUGGAUCCAUACGAGCUUCUGGAACCGGUGGAGAUUCUCUCCAAGCUGCCCAAAGAUUUCUAUGAGAAAAUCGAAGCCAAGAAGUGGCAGGAGAGGAAGGAGGCGCUGGAAGCUGUGGAGACUCUGACCAAGAAUCCCAAACUAGAGAAUGGAGAAUAUGGGGAUCUGGUCAGAGCCCUGAAGAAGGUGGUGGGCAAAGACACCAACGUCAUGCUGGUGACGCUGGCAGCCAAGUGCCUUGCUGCACUCGCCUCUGGCCUCAGAAAGAAGUUUGGAUCGCAUGCAGUGCAGGUGGUGCCCACUAUUCUGGAGAAGUUCAAGGAGAAGAAGCCUCAGGUGGUUCAGGCUCUGCAAGAAGCCAUCGAUGCCAUGUUUCACACAACAACGUUGCAGAACCUCUCUGAGGACGUCCUGGCUGUGAUGGACAAUAAGAACCCCUCCAUCAAGCAGCAGGCCUCUCUGUUCCUGGCCCGGUCCUUCAGACACUGCACCCAGGCCACUCUGCCCAAGAGCGUGCUCAAACCUCUGUGUGCCGCUCUCAUCAAGCAAGUGAACGACUCUGCACCAGAGGUGCGCGACGCUGCGUUUGAAGCCUUGGGGACGGCCAUGAAGGUGGUGGGAGAGAAAGCCGUCAACCCUUUCCUGAGUGAUCUGGAUAAACUCAAACUGGACAGAAUAAAAGAGUCUGCUGAGAAGGUGGAGCUCCCUGGAGGAAAGAAGGCAGCAGGAGGAGGAGACAAGAAGCCGGCCGUCAAAGCCGCACCCCCUGCCGAGGCUCCUCCCAAGUCUUCUGCCCCGGCCAAGAAAGCAGCAACAGCAGCUCCAGCCAAGACGGCUGGUCCUCCUAAGAAAGGCAAAGCUGCUCCUGCGGCCAACGCCAAGAACAAGAAGUCCUCACCAGACAACAAGGAGAUGGUUGAGCAGGAACUCACGGUGGAGGCGAGCGAGGAGUUGGCCGCUGGAGUUCUACCUGCGAAUUGUCUGCAGAUGCUUGAGUCCUCCCUCUGGAAGGAACGACUGGCCAGUAUGGAGGACUUCAAGAGGGCUGUGGAGACCACGGAGAAAUCUGCCAUGCCGUGCCAGGCCUUGGUCCGGAUGUUGGCCAAGAAACCAGGCUGGAAGGAAACCAACUUCCAGGUGAUGCAGAUGAAGCUGCACGUGGUUGCCUUGAUCGCUCAGCGUGGCAACUUCUCCAAGACGUCUGCGUCCGUAGUCCUGGACGGACUGGUGGAUAAAGUCGGUGACAUCAAGUGCGGUGGGAACGCCAAGGAGGCUCUGACAGCCAUCGGAGAAGCCUGCUCGCUCCCCUGGACCGCCGAACAGGUGGUGUCGCUAGCCUUUGCACAGAAGAACCCCAAAAACCAAGCGGAGAGCCUGAACUGGCUGGCUAACGCCAUGAAGGAGUUUGGCUUCGCUGGCAUUAACGUGAAGGCCUUCAUCAACAACGUGAAGACGGCUCUGGCUGCUACCAACCCGGCUGUGCGCACGGCAGCCAUCGCCCUGCUGGGGGUCAUGUUCCUUUACAUGGGUGCUCCACUUCGCAUGUUCUUUGAGGACGAGAAGCCGGCGCUGCUGUCCCAGAUAGACGCAGAGUUCGAGAAGAUGCAGGGCCAGUCUCCUCCGGCCCCCUUCAGGUCCAAGAAGUCUGCCACAGAGGAGGAGGCUGACGAUGGAGAUGACCAGGAGGAGGACGGAGGAGCUCAAGACGUCAUGGACCUCCUGCCCAGAACCGAUAUCAGUGACAAGGUCACAUCCGACCUGGUGUCCAAGGUGGGCGACAAGAACUGGAAGAUCCGGAAGGAGGGUCUGGACGAAGUGGCGGCCAUCAUCUCUGAGGCCAAGUUCAUCAGUGCCAACAUCGGCGAGCUGCCCCUUGCCCUGAAAGGACGACUCUCGGACUCAAACAAGAUCUUGGUGCAGCAGAGCCUGACCAUCCUGCAGCAGCUGGCCACAGCGAUGGGGCCAGGACUGAAGCAGCACGUCAAAACACUGGGCAUCCCUGUCAUCACCGUGCUGGGCGACAGCAAGCCAAACGUUCGAGCGGCUGCCAUGGCAACGCUGCAGGCCUGGGUGGAGCAGACGGGGAUGAAGGAGUGGCUGGAGGGUGAGGACUUGUCCGAGGAGCUGAAGAGGGAAAACCCCUUCCUUCGUCAGGAGCUCUUGGGCUGGCUGGCGGAGAAGCUGCCCACGCUGAGGACCGUGCCUGCAGACCUGAUGCUGUGUGUCCCCCACCUCUUCACCUGCCUGGAGGACCGAAACGGAGACGUGAGGAAGAAGGCUCAGGACGCUCUGCCCACCUUCAUGAUGCACCUGGGCUACGAGAAGAUGAACAAGGCCACCGGCAAGCUGAAGCCGGCCUCCAAGGACCAGGUGCUCACCAUGCUGGACAAGGCCCGGGCUGUGAUGCCGGCCGUGCCGGCUGCUCCCGCCAAGGCUGGAGGGAAGCUGGAGUCCAGGCGAGCGCCGUCAGCCUCCCGGUCUCCAGCUAAUGAGGACACUGUGGACAGCAGACCUGAAGCUAAGAAGGUGCGAGCGGGAACUGCCCCCAAGAAGCCCCCCUCCCCUCCCGAAGAUUCUCCCCCUCCCUCCAUGGACAACAAGAGUAAUGCUAGUAAAAAGCCUGCCGGCAAAGGAAAGGCUGCUGCUGCGGGUGGUCAACAGGCACCUGCUGUCAAGAAGCAAGGAGCCAAAACCUCCAAGGACGAUGAAGACAAGUCUGGUCCAAUCUUCACUCUGGUGCCCAACGCUAAAGAGCAGAGGAUCAAGGAGGAGAAGCAGCUGAAGAUCCUGAAGUGGAACUUCAUGACUCCCAGAGACGAAUACGUGGAGCAGCUGAAGGCGCAGAUGUCCACCUGCUUUGCCAAGUGGCUGCAAGACGAGCUGUUUCACUUCGACUUCCAGAGACACGUCAAAGCUAUUGGCGUGAUGAUGGAGAGGCUGGAGAGCGAGUGCGAAGCCACCAUCGGCUGCUUGGACCUGAUUCUGAAGUGGUUCACGCUGCGCUUCUUUGACACCAACACCACAGUCCUGAUGAAGGUGCUGGAGUACCUGAAGCUGCUCUUCGUCACACUGGACCGAGAGAACUACCAUCUGACGGAGUACGAGGCCAACUCCUUUGUCCCCUACCUCAUCCUCAAGGUGGGCGAGUCCAAGGAUGUGGUGCGGAAGGACGUGCGGUCCAUCCUGGCCAUGCUGUGCAAGGUCUACCCCGCGUCCAAGGUCUUUCCUUUCCUCAUGGACGGCACCAAGUCCAAGAAUUCCAAGCAGAGAGCUGAGUGUCUGGAGGAGCUGGGCUGUCUGAUCGAGGGCUACGGGAUGAAUGUGUGUCAGCCGACCGCAGCCAAGUCCCUGAAGGAGAUUGCCGUCCACAUCGGCGACCGAGACACCUCGGUGCGUAACGCUGCUCUCAACACCGUGGUGGCCGUCUACAAUGUCUGCGGCGAGCAGGUCUACAAACUCAUCGGAAAUCUGUCGGAGAAGGACAUGAGCAUGCUGGAGGAGCGGAUCAAGCGCUCGGCCAAGAAGACUCCGGCGGCCCCGGCCAAACAGAGCGCCGCCGAGAAGCCGCAGCGGGAACAUGCCGGGAACCCCAACUCCACCUUCCUCCGGAAACCUGCGCAGGAGGACCCCAACAAGCUGAAACUCAUGUAUCGCACGUAUAGGAUUCAAGCCCGGCAGAACCACAGCGAGGCCUCGUACCCGUCCAUCCCCAAGGAGUUCCAGUUGGACCUGGACAUGAUCGAGAUGGACCAGAGCCGAGUCUGCGACCUCCCUGACCUGGUCCAGCACAAACUGGACGAGCUGCUGGAGCCCAUCAGUCUCCCGGAGCCCAAGAUCUGCUCCGUCACGCCGCACUUCGACGACCUGCACAACAGCACCUCCUCCACCAUCAACUUCGUCAUCUCCCAGGUGGCCAGCGGCGACAUCAACACCAGCAUCCAGGCUCUGGCUCAGAUCGACGAGGUGCUCCGCCAGGAGGACAAGGCCGAAGUCAUGUCGGGCCACAUCGACCAGUUCCUCAUCGCCAUGUUCAUGCAGCUGCGGCUCAUCUACAGCACGCACAUGGCCGACGAGCGGCUGGACAAGAAGGACAUCUUCAAGCUCUACAGCUGCAUCAUUGGCAACAUGCUGUCGCUCUUCUCCAUGGAGUCCCUGGCCCGGGAGGCCUCCAUGGGCGUGCUGAAGGACCUGAUGCACGGCCUCCUCACGCUGACCCUGGACAGCAGGGUGGAGGACAUCCAGGAUGGACAGCAGCUCAUCAGGUCGCUCAACCUGCUGGUCUUCCAAGUGCUGGAGAAGUCUGACCAGACCAACAUCACCAGCGCUCUGCUGGUCCUGCUCCAGGACUGUCUGGCCGUCACCGCCGGGCCGCCCAUGUUCUCCGAGCUGGUCAUGAAGUGCCUGUGGAGGCUGAUCCGCUUCCUGCCCGAGAACAUCAACCACAUCAACCUGGACCGGAUCCUGCUGGACGUCCACAACUUCAUGAAGGCUUUUCCCCGGGAGACGGUGAAGCAGCUGAAGACCGACAUCCCUCACCGGACCAUCAAGACGCUGCUGCACACGCUGUGCAAGCUGACGGGGGCCAAGAUCCUGGACCACCUGUCCAUGAUCGAGAAUCGGAACGAGUCCGAGUUGGAGGCGCACCUGAGGCGAGUGGUCAAACACUCGGGGAACCUGUCUGGCCAGAAGAGCGACCGCGGGAGUGAGAAGAGCCGCGGGCGGACGGUGAGAGCCCCGCGGCCCCGGGCCCCCCGGGCACCACACUCAAACCUUUGUUUGCAGGACGAGCGCAUGUCCAAGGCCAAGGUCAACGACCUCCUGACGGAGAUCUUCAAGAAGAUCGGCUCCAAGGAGAACACCAAAGAGGGUCUGACCGAGCUCUACGAGUUCAAGCAGAAGUACACGGACGCCGACCUGGAGCCCUUCCUCAAGAACACCACCCAGUUCUUCCAGAACUACGUGGAGCGAGGCCUCCGCGUCAUCGAGACCGAGCGGGAGGGCAAGACCUGCGUCCAGAGCUCAGCAGUGAUCCCGCAGCACGCCGGCGACUCCAACAUGAGCAGCAGCAGCAGCAGCGAGGAAUUCAAACCGGCCGUUUACUACGAGAGACUGAAGAUCCUGCGGCAGAGGCAGGGACUGGAGAACACCCGGAGCCUGGGCUGCAGCGGCGACCAGGAGCCUCAGCAGCGCCCCCCCGUCUCCGCCCUGCUGUCCUCCAAGCCCAGCGUGGCAUCGUCCACCGACAUGCUGCACAGCAAGCUGUCGCAGCUGAAGGAGUCACGGGAGCUGCACCGCGAGGAGCACGGCUCCUCGCCGCACACGCGCUCGUCCUCGCCGGCCGCCAACCUGGACGACCUGAAGAAGCGUCUGGAGCGGAUCAAGAGCAAGCGGCAGUAGAGGCCCGUCGCGCGCUCCGUUCUCAUCCUCGUGGUAGUUGAGUGGAGUCGGCUGGGUUGAAGCUCCGCCCCCCCUCCUGCGUCGCGCCUGUCUGUCCCUCACCGUUGUACAUAGUUCACAGUGGUGGUCUGCUGCUGCCCCGGGACUGGAUGGCCGUCUGACGUGUACAGAUGCGUGUAAAUAGCCUCGUGUCCAGUGGACCCUGCUCCCGCGCCCCCUCACUCUCUUCCUUCUCCUGUCAAUGAGGCGCCGGCCGACACCAGGACUCACCUCCUCUCGCUCGCUGAAUGUCAGAGAACCAAGAAUAAAUAAGUGUUUUUGUAUUUCAUGAACCCCCGUAUCUGAAGUGGAACAUUGCAAUAAAGUCUUGUUUUAUUAACCUCUCGUGCAGUGACGGCUCUCCUGAGGAAACCUGGUCACAUGGCUGCAGAGCGGGACCUCGGGCGGGUCACUCCUCGGCUCGGUGCCGACCCCUCCAGCGAUCCGCUGUCAUUGAUGUCGAGGCUCUGACCCGGAGCCAGUGCCUCCUUCGACUUCAUCUGGACGCCUGCUGGGGAUUGAACCCGAUGGCGGGCCAAAACUGAGGCCUGCAGAGAGCCUAAGCCCCGCCCCUUCCGGACGGUCCAUGGGCCCUCAGAGAUGAGAGUCACUUCCUGGUCCUCUGUGCCUCGCGCCCUGCGUCACACGCGCGCUGGGCCUCCCUCAGCGUUAAUGAUCAACAGUGAUGGGACUUUCCGCUGUGUUUUGAGGCGUCAUCCAUGUGCUGGUGGAAACACGUCACUACUUGGACUG